GGAAUAAGGUUAACUUUAAAAAAAAAAGUGAAAAUCAAAAAAAUUGGAAAUAAAAAAUUUUAAUUUAAAUCUUAGAUUUUUUUUUUUUAAUUUUGUGUUGUUCUUACAAAAUGUUCAUCGCUUUAGUUUUAUUUCUUGCAAUUCUUGUAAUCGCUUGGUUACACUGGGUAUGGGAUAGACGCCGAUUUUAUAAAGCAAAAAAAGAAGUAGGCGGACCAUUUGAAUUUCCAAUUAUUGGUAGUGGAUUAAAUUUUAUUGAUCAAUCAAAACCUUUAUAUUUUCUAAAUGGUUUACACAAGAUAUAUGGUCAUACAUAUUUUGGUUUUCUUGGCUUAAAACCAUGUUUUAUAACAUGCGAUCCUAAAAUUAUAGAAGAAGUUUUUACAAAUGAAAAUUUAGUUAACAAAAUGGAUAUAUACAAUGUUAUUAAUGACUUUGCUUACAAUGGACUUUUUACAUCUGAACGUAAAAAAUGGCAACAUUCACGAAAACAUAUAAAUAAAGCAUUUACAAAUAAGGUUCUAUUAAGUUUCUAUAAUAUAUUUAAUAAACAGGCGUUAGAACUUUGUAAUAUUCUUGAACAACAUGUAGGAAAAGGUGAAAUAGAUUUAUAUACAUAUAUUGAAAGAGUUCAAUUGGAUACAGCAUGUUUAACAACAAUGGGUCAAGAAACUAAUUUUAUUAGAGGCGAAAAUAAUGAACUUCUGGAAGCUUAUACAGACCUUAUUCGUUUCCUAGGAAGGAGAAUAUUUAACCCGUUGUUAACCAAUAAUUUUAUAUUUAGUUACUUCUAUGGAAAAAAACGACAAUACGAUAAAUCACUUAAUAUUAUCAAAUCAAACACUUUAGGGUUUAUUGAAAAAAAAUAUUUGGAAAUUAAAAAAGCUCAAGAAGAUGGUUCUAAUAAAGAUCAAGAUAGUUCACCAGAAGAUGAAAUGAAUAUUACAAAAUCAAAAUCAAUUUUUAUUGAUAUUAUGGUAAGAGAAUAUAUGGCGGGAAAUUUCACCUGGAAAGAGUUACAGGCGGAGGCUGACACAAUGAUUAUAGCAGCUUACGAAACUACAACAAAUGUACUUUACAUAACAUUAUAUUUACUUUCAAUUUACCCGGAAUAUCAAGAUAAAUUAUAUGAAGAAAUAAUAUCGGUAACAACUGCUGAAGAUAUAUCUAUAACACCUGAACAUGUUCGAUUACUUACUUAUAUGGAUAUGAUAAUGAAUGAAACAAUGCGUUUAAUUAGUCCAGUUCCAAUAGUUGGACGUGAUGCAACUGAAAAUGUAAAAUUGGGUAAAUAUAAUGUACCAAAAGGUACAAAUAUUAUUAUUGAUGUAUUUAGUUUACAUCAUUGCGAGGAAAUAUGGGGUCCAAAUGCAAAUCAUGUAUUCAAUCCUGAUAAUUUUUUAAAAGAAAAUCUCGUUAAUAAACAUCCAUAUUCAUUUGUACCAUUUACAAAAGGUAUUAGAAAUUGUAUUGGAUGGCGUUAUGCCACCAUUUCAUAUAAAAUAAUGUUGUCAAUUAUUUUAAAAAAAUAUAAAGUUAGUUCAACAUUUAAAUUUAAAGAUUUAAGAUAUACUGAACAGAUUGUACUUAAAUUUGAAGAAAAUCCUAAAAUAAGUUUUGAAUUAAGAAAAAAUAAGACAAUUUCAUAAAAUUUUUAAAUUAUUUUAAUUUUAUUUAGAAGAUAUUUUGGAAUUAAAAAAUUUCGACUUUCAUGUUAUUGUGGUAUAGGAAAUUGGCAAUAAAAAAUAUUUUUAAUUAACAUUCUAUAAGAAAAAUUGUCAUUAAUUAUGUAAUAGUAUUAUUAAAUUGUAAUAUAAAACAAAAAUUAGUCAGAUUAUAAUAAGAGAUGAAAGAAAUAAUAUUAUUUUAAAAUUAUUUUGUUUUAAUUGUUUUAAAACUGGUCAAAUAUUUAA